UCUCGUCACGGACAGCACGCUCGUUUUUUCCGCGAAGCUCUAGCUCGAUCAGGGGCCAAACGCGAGGGGGAUCGUACCCCCCCCCCCCCCUUGUGCCGUCGAACGACGCAAAAUGGCCUGUGUUCGUUUAUUUCAAGUUUGACCUUCACUGUAAAUGUCUCUUUGAACACAGCACGAGAAUCGGUAGCUGAAUUACUGAGAAAACUGGUUAACGCACAUUGAUAUCACAGACGAUCAACUUUUAUCAAAAAUAUUUUUACCUGGAUCCUAGUUCCCAGACUCUCAACUCGUAUUUGUCUAUAUUUACAAUUCUACAGGUAUAGACGACUUGUCAGGAAUUAUAACUCAACUAAUAACUAAAUCCUAGGUAGCUACAAUUUCCCACAUUUACAUGCUCUAUUUGGCACCUGUCACUGAUUACUGAGCAGUCAUGGCAAACAGCGUGAAGGCUCUGAUUCUCUUAGCAUUUUCUGGUGCUCUUGGGAUCAUGUUCAUGGUGCUGGCCUGCGCACUGCCACAGUACAACAACUGGUGGCCGUUCUUUGUCAUCGUGUUCUACAUGCUGGCGCCGCUGCCGUACACCAUCGCGCGCCGGUACGCCGAGGACUCGGGCGCCGGCAACGCGUGCACGGAGCUGGCCGUUUUCCUCACUGCCGGUAUCGUCAUCUCAGCGUUCGGCCUGCCCAUCGUACUUGCGCACGCGCCCGUCGACGGUCCGGUCAUCGAGUGGGGCGCCUGUGCCCUCGUCUUCACAGGAAACAUCAUCAUGUUUCUGACAAUCCUGGGCUUUUUCGUGGCAUUCGACAGUGAGGGGGACUCGUGGAACUACUUCUAAAUCGUCGGAAGAUUUGGUUGUGGAUCGGCAACGGUACUUUAAAGUUACUCGGUUGGAGCUGCUACGGCGAGCGUUGUUGUGUUCUGGGCAGUGCAAGCCUAACUAUAUACCUACCGUAUAAUUGAUCCUCCCCUGUCAAUUGUUUUUGGCUCGGGUGUGACUGGAAGUUGGCACCUUAUAACUUGAAGCGUUUAUCGUGCACGUCAACCAGCGAUUGGUGAAUCCACUUGUUUUAAUCUCAUCCUCGUUUCACUGUUCUGUUGGCCUAUUUUACCAUUGAUUGGCCUGGUAACUUAGCCAUCCGUUGUGUCGUUACCCUGUAAAUAUUAGAUAUAGACUCGGGGGGGACAGCGUGUCCCUUGUGAUAAACUAAUGGGCCCCAUUGAGUUCGAGCGGUCGUGGAUGUGAGUGAGAUAUCACAUGUUUAGUGUGUAUUCUGUAUGUGGCCGCGAUUCCGCCACUGAUAAGGUGUUCAACGAGCGAGGACCGUGAUUCCGGAACAGCCUGGUGUCCGCCGCGGACAGUACUUGCCGUACCUUAUCACACCCGUGCCAAAAACAGGCCAAUCAUCGCUUGUCUUCAGACCUGGAGGCUUUGGCUGCCCUGUGCACGAAAUGCACGUAAUAUUCGCCGGGUAAUACGAGGCUCGAUAUUGUGAUUUGGUGACAUUAGAUGUGGCGAAUAGGUAUUACAUUAGAUAAAGUGCGUUAAUAACUAAUAUCCGGUUGUGUAACUCGUCAUGUAUCUGUGUAUAAGAAGCAUCCCUGCACUGCCCGUGUGAGAACAUACUCUUCGGGCGCUCGCCGCUACAACGAUCUCGCGCUCGCAGCCGGUGGCGGUCGGCGCUCCCUGUGGUGGGCACGGUGCGACGGUGUGACUGUAGGCAUCACUCGGUGGUGGAUUGUCCGCCACUUCAUAACCAAUGGUGAACAAUAUAAACCGUACCUGGCUCUAUCGA